GACAAGAUGGCGGCUUCCCCAGGUGGAAGUGUAACUUCUACUCGAGCCUUUGCACAAAAACUGAACAAAAAUCAGGGGGCAGCUGAAGUCCGGCGUAAUGUCUCGACUGUGUUCGUUAGUCAAUCAAGUAAGCGCUCGUCAACUGCCUCGUCUUUUAUUCAUCUCGCCAGCGGGACGGUUCCCUUAACAGAAGUAGUUGAUCCUUUGGAUUUUGAGGACUUCAUUCUCCAGAGUCAACCACUAAAUGACAAUGAGCCAGAAAGUAGUAUGCUGGAGUUUCCGGAUGAUGACAUUGAAGUUACUACAAUACCACGACACUGUAGAACAGUUCAGCCUUCUAUACCUAAGGAUAUUGGGUUUGAUAGUGACCCUCAUUUAAAGGAUUGUGUUCAUACCUAUACAGCAGACUGGUCUAUUGUCAACAGAAGGUACCAGUUUAGGUGUAGCGAGGAAAGUAAACCUGACUCGCGUCGCAAGAUCACACAUUCCAGAAGCUUUACAGACUCUUUACCAAGACAUUUGUAUGAAGUGGAUGAGAAACAUAAGUCUGCUGACCAGGACAAGGAAGAUAACACAGGUCAAGAGAGUAAACCAUUGAAUGAUUUACCAAAAGGAAGCUGGGCUUCAAGUAUUUUUGAUUUACAAUCAUCACAACCAGAUGAUCUCCUCCCAACACUACUGGACAGAGUACCACCUGAACAGGUUGAUGAGACAAAUGAAGUUCAGCGCAAGUUGCAUCGUGUUGAUUCUUGCUUUAGUGUUUAUCCAGUUCAGCAGGAAGAAGGAAUUGAAAGGAGAGUUCCRGCUACCAUUCCACAAGAACACUUUGGGCAAAGAGUACUUGUGAAGUGCCUCACUUUGAAGUUUGAAAUCGAGGUAGAACCAUUCUUUGCAAGUAUGGCUCUGUAUGAUCUUCGUGUGAAGAAAAAGAUUUCAGAAAAYUUCUACUUUGACAUGAACCCUGAAUGGUGYCGUAAACUUUUAAAAGACACAACACCAAGGACAGACAUCUCUACACUGAGUCGUUCUGCAAUUUUCUCCAUUACUUACCCCUCAACUGAUGUGUUCUUAGUCAUCAAACUAGAGAAAAUCUUACAACAAGGCGAUGUUAGUGAAAUAGCCGAGCCAUACAUGAAAGACACUGAAAGCCCUAAGCAAAAAGAGAAAGUCCGUUCAUCAGUAAUGAACAGUGUUGAUAGACUUGGCAAGUACAGAAUGCCAUUUGCUUGGACAGCUAUUCAUCUGAUUGACAUCAUCAGUGGUGCUGCUUCUGCUGAAACGGGRGGCACUAAUGAAAAGGAAGUGACAACAGGGGGGACACCUGGUAGUCGAAAGGUCAGCAAUGAACCAUCAGCUGCUGCAAAACCCAGUAGAAAAGUAGACAGUUUUCCAAGAUCAGUCUCAGUCCAAGACCAAAGGAAGUCCUUUUAUGGUAGUUACAUGAGUGAGGGAACUGAAUUUGAACAAUUGCCUGACCUCACAAAGUUUAGGCCAGUUACUUUGACUGUUAGCAGCUUUUUCAAACAGGAAUCUGACAAGCUCAAAGAUGAGGAUCUGUACAAGUUUCUAGCUGAUAUUAAGAGACCAUCAUCGGUUCUUAAGCGCUUGAAAACUAUCCCAGGUACACUCAAGUUAGAUAUCUCACCUCCUGGAGACAAACCACCAUACUGCUUGACKUCAGAACUACAACAGGUUAUUCCUUAUCCUGAUGGCCAAGGAAGACCAACAAAAGAAAUUGAGGAUGGCCGUCUGGCCCUUGGUGAGUUUCAUCUUCCAGUAUCKGUAGACAAGCCUCCCCAGGGAUACAGCGUUCUUUCUCCAGAGGUACAAUUGCCAGGUAUGAAGUGGGUUGAAGGUCAUAAAGGGGUGUUUCAUGUUGCAGUACGAGCUGUGUCUUCAGUUCAUACACAGGACCAUCAUAUUCAUAAGUUCCUUAAGAUGUGCCAUCAGAUUGAAGGACGGUUGUCUUCUCCAUCAAGAAACACKGACAGUAAUGUUGAAAUGGUGCUUCGUAAAAGUAUUGUUGACUUGGUAAAGUCACGUGAAGAGCCCCUUGUUCGCUAUCUUCACCUUAUACUGGAUAAGCUUAUCCUUCUUCUUGUUCGUCCUCCUGUCAUCUCUGGGACUGUUGUGAACAUUGGUCAAGCAGCAUUUGAAUCACUGGCACAGAUUGUCCGUCGACUGCAUGAAUUGUUAGAGUUCAACCAAGAUGAGCACAACCGAAACAAUYUGCUAUGUUCCUAUGUUACGUAUGUGUUUUCUGCACCGUACACUCCAUCACCAACAUCAACUCCAAUCUUUCCUGGUGAUGGUAGUCGUCCUGUAAGUAUGACCAGUGGGUCUUCAUUAAUUCCUCCAAUGCACUCUAAAUCCAGCCUCAGUAACAGCAACCCACAGCUUAACGCAAGCAGUCAGGGGGAUGGUCAGGCAGGUCACRCACAAAACUGGGAGAACGACAAGGCAAAGGCAGGUGUAGAAAUGGCUGGUAAUAGAAACAGCAUGGCUGAGCCACGCUUGGGAGCUAUGAAYAUACCCGGUCUUCCUGCAAGCAACAAAAAGAGUGUUCAUGAAGAGCUUGCUUUACAGUGGGCUGUCGCUAGCACACCAGUCCGAGAGGUUGCCAUGAAACAUUCUUGGUUUUUCUUUGAACUUAUGGUAAAGAGCAUGGCUCAACAUCUCGACAAUACAGACCGCUUCUUUCUUCCACGCAAAGCUCGUUUCCCAGAGCAGUUUCUAGACGAUGUACGUGCCCUUGUCAAUACCACCAUUGCAGAGAUYGUCAGCAAAAACAAAGACUUUACCUUUGCACAAGAUUUGAACUCAAGUCUUGGGUUUUUCUURUACGAUUUGUUGUCACUCGUCGACCGUGGAUUUGUUUUUGACUUGAUAAAGCAUUACUGUAAAGAGAUGCUCUAUCAAGGUGGGCUCCAUGCUGGACUUGCGCAGCUACGACUGGARCUACUGCGCAUAGUCAGUAGCCACGAGCACUUUGUGACGUUGAACCUUCCUUUCCCGACUGACCUGUACCCCUCAGAACCAUCGUCCCCCACAUCAUCCAUGUCAUCUCUAACAUCAGGGGGAACAUUAACACCAGCAAAUAGCAUGGCAGAGUUAUCAGUGGCUUUUAGGCAACAACAUUUCCUUGUUGGACUGUCUCUAGCUGAAUUGACUCUCUCACUGGAAAGCGCUGAUUUCGCGUUACAGUGCCAAGCCAUUGACUGUAUUAGGGAUUUACUAGCAUGUCAYGAUUCAGACACACGAUACGACGACCCAGUCUGCCGUAGCCGGGUUGCAGCCCUAUACCUCCCCCUGAUGGGAAUUGUUAUAGACUCGCUGCCUCAGCUCCAUGGUUACAGGGCUGAAGAAGCUGAAGGGCUUAACCCAGAUGUUGCUAUGGCAAUAGCUACAUCAAGUAUAGCUUCGCGAUACGAUACACGGCCUGAACUUGCUUCACAGCUCUCCAAGCCACAACCGCUGACACAGGAGUCGACUCGUAAUCUUUUGAUGGGUUUCCUGUGGGUGCUAAAAAACAUGGAUCCUGCAGUGUUGAGGMUGUGGUGGUCUGAUCAGGAGCCUCCAAGGCUGGGCUUACUACUAGAUGUCCUACACAUGUGUAUCACUCAAUUUGAAUACAACGGAAAGAAAGAAGUUCGAGAAAAAAGGAAUGUCACUGCUCCUCGAAGCAAUAGGACUGUCACCGAUAAAAAGAAACUAGAGGAAAUGCUUCUUGGACAAUCAGGAGCUGCCGCUGAAAUGAAGCAGAGACAUUCACGUAACAUCAGUCAAUCUCAAGGAAAUAUCGAACCCAAAUUGCGAUGGCGCAAAGAUAUGACCCAAUGGAGACAAGCAAUUGACAUGCAAGAAAAAGUCUGCCCAGAAGUUGCCAUUUCAUCCAAAAUUGAAGGCAUGAUGUGCGCUGAAGUGAACAUUAUAGUUUUGGACACACUGGAAUUAAUUGUACAGUUUCCUGAGCUGUUGUUUGAAGAAGAGACAGAAUUAUGUGCAGAUCUUUGCUCUCGUCUGCUUACGCAUUGCAGCUCAUCGAUUGGGAAUGUUCGUUCCCAGGCCAGCGCAUCGCUCUAUCUUUUAAUGAGGCAAAACUUUGAACAGAACAGAGGAGUGAAUUUUGCUCGUGUCAAGAUGCAAGUUACAAUGUCACUAUCAACCCUUGUAGGAACAUCUCAUGCGUUUAGCGAAGAGUGUCUGAGAAGAUCCUUAAAGACCAUCAUCACUUAUGCAGAAUCAGAUUUUGAACUUAAGAAUACAACUUUUCCUGAACAGUUGAACAACAAAGUCGAGGCAGCAUUGUGCGUUGUACAUGCUGCAGGCCUGGUCGCUGAGUACCUUACUAUGAUUGAAGACAAGCGYUAUUUACCAGUUGGGUGCGUUGCCUUUGAAAAGAUAUCACCCAACGUACUAGAAGAAAGUGCUGUUUCUGACGAUGUUGUAUCUCCGGACGAGGAAGGCAUAUGUACUGGUAAAUAUUUCAGUGAGAAUGGAUUAAUUGGUCUUUUGGACACUGCUGCCAGUACAUUUGACAGUGCRCAGGUCUUUGAAUGUGUCAACGAGGUGUUUAAAUUGCUAAUUCCCAUAUUGGAGGCUCGACGAGACUAUAUGAAGCUUGCUAGUGUGCACAGUAAGCUGAGUGAAGCGUUUACAAGGAUAAAACAAACCGAAGGUAAGCGUAUGAUGGGGACCUAUUUCCGUGUGGGUUUCUACGGGUCGAAGUUUGGUGAUUUAGACGGAGAAGAAUACGUUUACAAAGAACCAGCGAUAACCAAACUACCUGAGAUAUCUCACAGACUACAGCGUUUCUAUGGCGAAAAGUUCGGACAAGAUAACUUCGAGGUCAUCAAAGACUCAGACGCUGUCGAACGCGARAAACUGGACCCAAAUAAAGCGUACGUGCAGCUUACGUACGUAGAGCCGUACUUUGAUGAAUAUGAAAUGAAAGACAGAAUUACGUAUUUCGACAAAAACUACAAUCUACGUCGAUUUAUGUAUGUGACACCAUUCACUCCCAGUGGGAAAAAACGUGGUGAUUUAGCUAACCAGUACAAGCGAAAGACGACGCUCACCGUAGCGAACUCGUUCCCUUACGUUAAAACAAGAAUAAGUGUUAUACAUCGAGAGCAAAUAGUGUUAAGUCCAAUUGAAGUUGCUAUCGAAGACAUGCAGAUGAGAAGCAACGAACUUGUUAACGCCAUAAAGCAAAAGCCACCAGAUGCCAAGAUGUUACAAAUGGUUCUUCAGGGAUCGAUAGGAACUACUGUCAAUCAGGGGCCACUAGAGAUUGCCAACGUCUUUCUGUACGCGGAGGAAGAUGGCGACGAAGACCAAGAUAUUCAACCACUUGACUGUAGUCGACAUCACCACAAAUUAAGAUUAGCUUUUAAAGAAUUCAUGAAAAGAUGCGGCGAUGCACUUCAUCUGAACAAAUCUCUCAUUAAAACUGACCAGCGAGCUUACCAAAAAGAACUAGAGAGAAAUUAUCAUCAGCUCGUAAACCAACUAGAACCAUUUUUGAAGAACAGGUUUGGGACGCUGCGUGGAUCGAUCAGAAAAAAGGAAGGWUCUGCUCUUCUGAGAAAGAUUUCCAUGAGUUUUAAUGCACAGCACAGCGUCGCGUAAAAAGACUAUCGAUUUUGUAGUCACUAAAUUCCAAGCUCAGCUUGUUGUAAUUAUUUAAUUUAAUUAUUCAAAUWGUUAGAGAACAGAUCAUUUCUCUGAAAUUAAACAUAUGAUUUACAAAAAGCUAUCWAGCUCAAGAGGUACUUUCAGUAUAGGUCACCCUAUGCAUUAUGUUGGGCUUCCUUUAUAAUAAUAACCGUGAGAGACUGCAAAUAGCGGUGACUGGAAACUCAAUCAACCUCUCCAAAGUUUAUACAGCAUUUGAGUCUUUGCCUGUGAAAGUCACUUURGUAAUUACUGGAAAAGGAAGAAAUUYAACUCCCCCCUUUGUGCAUGUAAUUUGUCCAACCUUUUGCGAAGUUCAUUGCUUUAUUUCAUACCKUGGGAGACUGGGUACAAUCCCCUGAUUGACAUUAUGGUGAGGUAGGACUCAAAGAAAGAAAGACAAAGUCUAUCAAAUCUCCAUAUUUGGUAUUGACCAGAUCACUGGUAAAUCACUUAACUUUUCCUUUUAGAUAUGUUAAUAUUUACGCUUAAAAUGUGUGGGAUUAUAGAUUAUGUGGCCUGGUUUUUAAUGUAUUGUACCCAGUCUCCCAUUGCAUGGAAUUAGAAAUAGACGUGGUCUUCAAUUGUAGUUUUCAGGUUUUUAUUGUUAUGGCAACAAUGGACUAUGACAUGGAAACUAAGCUUUAAGGUUAUCUUCAAUGAUUGACAAUUGAAGGCAAACACUAAAAGYMUGGGAAAAAAKCGCAACAAAGUUUAGAUUGGACGCUAAAAAUAAAUAAAURCAGUACAUAUUUAGCACACUUACAAAUUACGUUUUCUCAUGGUUUUAGUGCUUGCAYUGUUGUUCAUUAUACUAGUAAAGUAUUACAUAGUUUAAUAAAAUGAUAAAAUUAAUUUAUAAAAUCCGAAAGAUCAAUAAAAGCUUAAAAAUGA